GAAGAGCAGGAGAACCAACAAAUCAGCAAUAAGAAUACAGACGAGCAACAAAUGCAAUAUCAAGAUGCAGAAGAAAUGGGCAGAAAAAAGGAAGAAACCUUUCUGACAACAUACAAGGCAAUUAACAAGGAGGCGACAGAAAGACAAGACAAACUAGAAAGGCAAAUGGAACAGAUGGAAAAAAUGCUAAGUGAACUUUUGGAAAAUGGUCAGUUACCACCUAGUAAAAAGAGGCAACAACAUGAAAGACAGUAA